AUGAGCGACUCCCAAGAGUACUACGCCGGCGCUGCAGAGAGUUUCGGAGUUUACCGAGCCGACGGCAGCCAAGAGAACACAGUCGAAGAUGACGGCUUCGUGUCGGAGACCGACAGCGUCGAGACCAUUCGCCCGACCCAGAUCAACAGACAGCGCCAGUCCCAGAACCAAGACUCCGAGAACCAAGACUUGCUUCCGGAGCAUGCGGUCCAACUGGCCAGCGACCAAGGCGAUUGCGAAGUUGCUAACAUUAACAUCUCUCACCCACUCAUUCCGCCUGUUCCCGACCACCCGCCUCCUCCUAUCCCGGCGCCUGGCCGGCCGCCCCCUCCAUCACCUCUGAGGCUGUCGUCGUUUCCAAGGAACACACUCGAGGAAGGCUCUGUCGAUGACUUCCUCCAGUAUACCCUUCCCACGGCGGAUGACUCUCUGCAAACCAGUUCCUUCGGCGGUACCAACACGGACAGCCCUUUCUCUGUUCCCCAGCAGAACACUGUCGUCUCAAAUACCAACAGCAACAACAACAAGAACUUCAAAACCCCGAAUACAGUCCAAAACUACACCAACACCACCCAACCCUGGAUCCUCCCCCCCACCACCACCCCCCCUCUCUACCCACACUCCUUCACCGGCCCCAUCGACCCCCUCCGCAUGCACCCCUUUUACCCUAUUCCCCAUCCCCCCCCCUCAUCCUCCGUCCCCUCCUUCCCCCUCCUCCCCACCUCAUCCUCCACAUCCUCCCUGGUCAACCCCUCUCCCAACCCUUUCUUCCGUCACAGAGCUGGAGCCGGAGUCAAAGGAAGCGGAGUAGGGGGGGGUAUCCCAACCUCAGCAACGACAACCUCCCUCCUACCACACCACCGCCACCAGCACCGAUACGACGGCAAUCCGUUCACGCCGCGCGGGAGGGAGGUCAGGGGGAAAGUGGAUCGGAUGUUGAAGGCCAGUCGGAGCUUGAAACCGUUGGUGGGAAUGGAGGAGAUGAGGUCGGAGGGGUGGGCGAGGUGGGAACGGUUGGGGGAGAGGGUGGGGCUUGCUGCCGUGGGGGUGCCGUUGGGGGGGGAGAGGGGGGGGUUUAGGGAGUAUGAGGGGGGUGUUGGGAAUGCGGUUGGGUCUGCGGCUGGAUCUGCCGCGACGUUGGGUACGGUUAAGUCGGGUACGGGUGAGCCAGUGCCUCCGGUCGAGUCUGAAGCGGUGGCUGAGACGCAAACGGCAGAUGCCAAGGAGAAGAAGAGCAACAAGCUCUCUCGGUUCUUGAAGAAGUUGUCAACCAAAUCAUCGCGUAUCUUUUCGACUUCGAGGGACAGCAAUACGGCCUCCAAAGGCAAGUCGAGCAAACCGCCGCUUCCAACUAUCGGCGUACCCAAGCCUCACCAAAUCCGCCAUGUCACGGGUAUCGCCGCCGUGGGGUCCAGCACGCUAUCGCUUCCAGGAUUCAGCCUUCCCGAGGAGACAGCCAGGAACCUGUCCAGCGGCCCCGUUCUGGACUCAAUACUGGACUCUCCGAUCCCCGACUCCAUUACUGGCUUGACCAGUGCCCUGAAGCCUAGCAAGACAAUGACCAACAUACGCCGCAGGAGCAGGUCGCUGAACCAUCUACGCGAUCCCAUUCCGAGCUUGUUUCUGAGGGAGAAUGAGCGGGUCAAUGUGCUUAAGCGGGAGAAGUCGCUGUGGGUGUUGGGAGAAGGACCUAAAGUUGAGGAGCCGAAGAGGGAAAUGGUAGAGGAUGACGGAGAGGAUGAGGAGCAGAGGGAGAAAGAACAGAGUCAUGUGGAGAGCGGAACAAACGAGACAAAGACAUCCCCUACAGAAUCAGAGACAUCAACAGAGACACCCACGACCGACGCAGCGCGGACCGGCCCGACGCCAUGGGGUGCGCCCUCUUCACAGCCCGUUUCCCCAUCGCUCCCUGACUUCACACCUGCCGAUUGGACAUUGUCCUCGCUGCAUGCUGCUAGCCCCGAGGCAUCGGCCACCACCCCGCUGCCGGACAAAGAAACCGGCCCUAGCGAGCAAGAGGAGCAACAACAAAAGGACAAGCAGCAAGCACCAGCCCAAACCCACGAGUCAGAAACGGCGGCAGAGCAGGAUUCAUCCUCGGUAGCUUCGGACCGGGGCGCGGUCUCGCAAUCCGCAGCGAGGCACUGGGCCGGUGUCCGCGGUGCGGAAGGGAGAUCCGCCAUCUCUUUAAGGAGAGGCUGCUACCUCUCCCUGUUUCAGCUGCCUCCUCCGCCUGUUCCUCGCCAGCGAGUCAACCCUGGCCGGCGACGGACGGCCAUCCAAACCGGCCAGCACGUGGGACUCGCUGGCAGCAGCACGUCGCCGUUGUUGUUCUCGUUUAUCCAUGACGAGGGCAGCAACGGCAACGGCCGUGUCAAUGAUGACGAUGCGGAACCAGAUCGCCACCUCGAAGGACUAUCCGCUCGGUCUCGGCGCCGGGACACGCUCCCCGCCGAGCCCACAACAGCAAGCUCAGCGACCACCGCCGGUCUUGCUGCCGACGAGCGUGAAAUGGCACAGCUCGCAGCGAUGGGGGUGCCCAGUUCCCGCUAUGCGGCGUCUCGGGAGCUGGACGGCCUGAUUCGGGAGCUGUUUUCUCCGGAUGCUGUGGCCGCGAGGAGAGCGGCAAGGAAUAUUCGGUUGAGUUAUGAUCAGAGGGGGUUUCCGAGGUUGGUAUCUGGGGAGAGGAGGAGGGCUGGUACGGGUGAUGCUGCUGCUACUACCGCGGCUGCUGAUGCCGCUGCUGGCACUACGGCUGGCACUACUACGCCCGGUACUAGCUCCAGCACCACUGCCGGGAACGACCCCCGCGAUACGCCCAGGGCCGGGCGUAGAGCCACACCCACAGCGACUCGCACAGCUACACCUGCACCUUCGCUCGCAGCUCUGCUCGCACCAACAGCGACCACUACCACCACGACCGCCGCUGCUGCAGACAGUUUAUACCCAGGAGCCAGAAUACCCGUCAUGAGCCACCGCAACCGGCGCCGCCGACACGCUGCGCCGAACUGGACGGACCUGGAGUCGUGGGAGAGGGAGAUGCAGAGGCGGUUGGAGGAGAGGGAGAGGGGGAGGGUUAGGGAUGUUGAUCAGGAGGAAGACUGA